GUGGAAGAUACGUACGCGACUCAGCGUAGGGGAUGCCCAAGAAAUGGUCGAUGCUGUUCGAACUGAAGCCGGUAACGUUCACGCUAGUGUUCAUUCCUGGUGGCUGCAUAGUCGCGUUGACGAGCGUUGUCACCUGGCCGUCGACCUGGCGCCUGGUCGGGGUCGCCAGCGACAGCGCUGCGAGAGGAAGCAGUGUCAGCAAGGGAAACAUGUCCGCGGCUUUGUCAGAUCAUGCUCCUUGAGCCAGCCUUUAAGACAAGGCGCUUGCAUACUGUUGUCAGCCUGCUCCACCGCCGCGCGAAAGAAAUCUGGAGAGACGCCAAGAAGAACACGAAGACAUUACGUCUCUGGGACGCCGAUGAUACGGCAUCCGGGAGUUGGAGGGGCCUGGGCCAAGUGGAGCGAGGAGCUGCCCUCAAUCCGAGGAUCCUGUGCGUCGGAAUCAUACGCUGGGAAGGCUGGUCUCCCAUGGGCAACGUGGCGGAGUGGUUAACGCGAUUGACUAGAAUUUGGAAUAUAUUCCAGGAGCUACGAUCAAUUUCCUUCGGGAGCGUCUGUUCGAAUCAGGCCGUUGUCGUUUUUGGCCGAGUGCUUGUUGCGCUCUGUGGUGGCUGUCUCGCCCAUUGUUAUUUCCACCGGGCACGCCACUGCUCAAGAAGUUUGGCAGUUCCGGCUUGGCACUAGGCGAGUUGGGCUACUUGGGCCGUCACCACUCUCGGAACUACUCUCUUGUGAUUGAUGCGACAGUACACCUUGUUGAUAGACGGGACAUGUGGAAUCUUGGCGCAU